GCUCUAUUUAAUUAGUACGUUUCAGGGUUUCAUUGUAUCGCAUUCAUUCUUUCAUUCAUUCAGUCACUUUCUUGAUCAGCAAAUGGAGAAAGAAAGCAGCAAGAGCGCAAGAAGAAAGAGAGCAGCCGAGGAAGAUGAGGAUUCAGAUAUGGAAAAGUUCUACGCUUUGCUGGAGAACAUCAAAGCUAUGAGAGACUCGUUGAGGAAGAGUAACAGCCGUAGUAAGAGGAUGGAACAGAAGGCAUCGCCGCCGGUGUGGAAGCCUAAGUUUGAGCUGGAAGACUUUGCAGAGGAGAGCGGCGGAGGCGGCGUUGGGAGACACAGGAGCAGGCGAGAAGAAGAAGAAGGGAAAGAGGAAGAAGAGGAGGAAGCAGGAGAACAGAAGAUCAUGAGCUUGGAUCUCAACUUUUCUCUCUAAUUAUAUUAAAGGUGAGAAACUGGAAUAUGGUUUGAGUGUGACGAAUUUGGAGAUGAAAUCUAAGAAAAUCAUUGGAUCUGAAAUGCCAUGAAACGUUUUUUUUUUCCUUAAA